UCUCCUGCUCUGUUUCUGUUUCUAGGAGAACCCGUACAUGUGCAAUAAUGAGUGUGAUGCCCGUACGCCUGAGCUUGCCCACCCGCCCGAGCUGAUGGUGGACGAUGAGGGCCGGGUGCCCAACACCUUUUGGCAAAGUGUCUCGUGGAGGCAGUUCCCGGAGCCUCUGGUGGUCAAUCUCACCCUGUCCUGGGGUAAGAGCAUCGAGCUGACCGAGGACAUUGUCAUCACCUUUGAAUCGGGCCGGCCAGAGCAGAUGGUGCUGGAGAAAUCUCUCGAUCACGGCCACACGUGGCAGCCCUAUCAGUUCUACGCUGUCGACUGCCUCAACUCCUUUGGCAUGGAGUCACGGAGAGCCCAGGAUCUCACCGCUGCCUCCGUCCUGGACAUUAUCUGCACCGAGGAGUAUUCCAGGGGCUACGUGUGGAAGCUGGAGAAGACGGUGCGUUUCGAGAUCCAAGUGCGGUUCGCCCUGUUCGGGGGACCCCGGCUCAGUGAUAUGGCCUCCUUGUACAGCCGCCUGGACACUACCAAGGAGCUGAGGGACUUCUUCACCGUGACUGACCUGAGGCUGCGCCUCCUCCGGCCUGCCACUGGCCCCACCAGCGUCGACCCCCUGAACCUCUCCAAAUACUUCUAUGCCAUCUCCAACCUGGACAUCCGGGGCAGGUGUAGGUGCCAUCUUCACGCCAACAACUGUAUCCUGGAGAAUGGGAGGCUGAGCUGUCAGUGUGAGCACAACACCACGGGCCAGGACUGUGGCAGCUGCAACGACGGUUUCCAUGGGCGGCCUUGGACUGCAGGCUCCUACCUCCCAAUCCCCAAAGGCACGGCCAAUGUCUGUGAGUAA